UGUUUGAGCCGGUAUAUUGCUGAAGUGACACCAACGUUGGACUUCGUCACCUGUUGUAAAACACAGAGCAUACCGUCCUAUCCUUGCUCUCUCCUGUUGGGGGCGAAUUUAAUUGAUCCCAUCAAACCGCGACCACCCCUGAGGUGGUUUCCCCUUAAUUCAUAACGCUAAACAUUUCGGGCCGUAAUUGCCUCUCUUUGCCCAGGUAGGCCUACACAUAUGUUUUUCCCCGAACACUGUAAAUCAAGGAUAAACCAGCGGGGAUCCAAGUGAAACCGGAGUAAGUAUCCCUGCAUUGUUGUGGAGGCAGCUCGGAGGAGGGAAUGGAUGCAAGCGAGCAGAGGCGCGCCGAGGCAGCUUUCUGACAGACCCAGCUCCUCUGUGAUGCAGCUGUUUAUGCUGGCUGUGAAAAAACCCAGAACACCCCGACGACUGCUUUUAAAACGCUAACGGGCGAGAAAUCGGCGGCUAUUUUUCAUUGUGCACGUGUUGGGUUUGUAUAUGAAGAGCUGGGAAAGCAAUGUAGUCAGUGUAGGCUACUCUGCCGUACACAGAGAGAGAGAAUAUACCGCCGCUUUGAUUUUCUCAUUCAGCUUUCCCUGUUUUUCUCGCAGAUUUAAGUGAUCUGUUUUUUGUUUUUUUUUGCAGACCUGCCCAGUGCUUUUGCUUUUUAUUUUGAGUGUGGAAGCCAAAUAUCAACUCGGUAAUAUCACAGAAGUGUGCGAGAAGAGGACAGCGUUGGCAUCUAUCCAUGCGCGCUCCACACCGGACUAUUUAUGAUGGAACUGUGACCCCAGCCCAGGUACUGCACAUGCUUUCCCCGUCUAUACUUUCUUCGAGUGUUUUCAUGUAAGGACUCGGUAUUUUGAGGAUAUAUUGGGUAAAAUGCUCAGAAUGUCGGGGUAUUUUGCCGGCUGUCAGUGACGCAACAUCUCACACAGGCUGCAUGAGAAAUACAUGCGUAGAAGGGCGUGAACUUGCAGCCACUAACCUCCUUCCCAUUAAUAAAGCGUCUGUUUAUCUGUAAAGCCAGUUUCCUUCGUUUGCAAUCCCAUAGCCUUCAUUCAUCUAAACUCAUCCCGGGGACGUAAUGGAUCUCAAUGCGGACUCGGAGGACAUGGACUACAAGGAGCCGGUUCCUAUUGAAGAUUUCGCCAGCAGGUCCACGCUGCAUGGCAUCUCGCACAUGUUCACUUAUGAGCGGAUGUGUAUCAAGCGCACCCUGUGGAUUUUGUUCUUCCUGAGCUCCUUGGGUGUGCUGGUGACGGUGUGUGUGGACCGGGUGCAGUUAUACUUCCAGUACCCCCAUGUCACCAAGCUGGACGAGGUGGCGGCUUCCCUGAUGGUGUUCCCCUCUGUCACCUUCUGCAACCUCAACUCCUUCCGCUUCAGCCGGGUGACGCGCAACGACCUGUACCACGCUGGGGAGCUCCUGGCCAUGCUCAACGGCAGGUAUGAGAUCCGGGACCCACACAUGGUUGAGGAAACUGUCCUGCAGAUCCUGAAGGAGAGGGCUGACUUUGACAACUAUAAGCCCCGGCCCUUCAACAUGCGCGAAUUCUACGACCGAACAGGCCACGACAUCAAGGACAUGCUGCUCUCCUGCAACUACCGAGGCAUACCGUGCAGUGCUGAAGACUUCAAAGUGAUAUUCACACGCUAUGGGAAGUGCUACACCUUUAAUUCAGGCCAAGAUGGACGACCCCUCAUGCUGACGAUGAAGGGUGGGAUGGGCAACGGCCUGGAACUGAUGUUGGAUAUCCAGCAGGAUGAAUACUUGCCUGUAUGGGGAGAGACUGACGAGACGUCGUUUGAAGCAGGGAUCAAAGUUCAGAUCCACACCCAGGACGAGCCGCCGUUCAUAGACCAGCUGGGCUUUGGAGUUGCGCCAGGGUUUCAGACUUUUGUCUCCUGUCAGGAACAACGGCUGACGUACCUGCCUCCACCGUGGGGGGACUGCAAGGCCACACCGAUGGACUCAGACUUCUUCAACACUUACAGCAUCACGGCCUGCCGGAUCGACUGUGAGACACGAUACCUGGUGGAGAACUGCAACUGCAGGAUGGUCCAUAUGCCCGGAGAUGCCCCAUACUGCACCCCGGAGCAGUACAAGGAGUGUGCAGAUCCUGCCUUGGACUUUCUUGUUGAGAGAGACAAUGACUACUGCGUGUGUGAGACACCGUGCAACAUGACGCGCUACGGUAAAGAGAUGUCCUUUGUCAAGAUACCCAGCAAAGCAUCAGCCAAGUACCUCGCCAAGAAAUUCAACAAGACAGAGCAGUACAUAUCUGAUAACAUUAUGGUUCUGGAUAUCUUCUUUGAAGCGCUGAACUACGAAACCAUUGAACAAAAGAAAGCCUACGAAUUGGCAGGCCUUCUGGGUGAUAUUGGAGGUCAGAUGGGUCUCUUCAUCGGAGCCAGCAUCCUCACUAUUCUCGAACUCUUUGACUAUCUAUAUGAGGUGAUCAAGUAUAAGCUGUGCCGAUGCGUCAAGAAGAAACACAAAGGCCGCAACAACAAUGACCGAGGAGCUGUGCUGAGCCUGGAUGAUGUGAAACGCCAUGCUCCUUGCGAGAACCUGCGUACACCAUCAACAUAUCCUGGCAACAUGCUACCUCAUCACCCGGGCCAGGGCAACUUUGAAGACUUCACAUGCUGAGCAGAUACCCAUAUGAAGCAUCAAAGUGCGUGUUAUGCAACCAAAGCCAACCAUACAACAAGAACUAUCCGGCACAGGGAGUGUGAGGAACUGAUACGAAGUCUAACAGAGGCACUUUUUACAUACAAAAGGAGUAAAGCGGACAAAUCAAAUACGACAAAGAACUGUCACCCGAGGCCAAGUGGGGAGGAUAUCCCAAAAAAUAAAAAAAUAUCUGUCAAUUUUCCAGAGAACAUUUCAUGCAGCACUCUUCUAUCUCUGUGUUUUCCUCUGGAAUACUGCCGCAAAGGAUGCUCAUGAAGGAACCUUGCCAACACGGACCUCUCUUUCAAAAGACAAAAAGUAAAAUGUAAAAAUAAACAAGGGAACAUGUACAGCUAUCUCACCAUAGACAGCAGAUCAUAAAAAGAGCCCCCAUGCCUUUAAAUAACACCGCAACACACGAUAGUUUCACACAACACUGGCCUGCUAGUGGGACAAAUAUUCAUACUGCUUACUCCUCUGUACAUGUAGCAACAUCUGUAACUGUUGCAACGUUUCAUAAAACAGCAGCUGGACUCUGUGUAGUUUGUACGAGAAUGUAUCUAUGUUCAUGAUUGAGUGUAGUCGGGUGUGCAGGGAAAUGUUCGGGGCUUGUGGUUACAGUGGUAGUGCUAGAGGUGCAUCAUCUACCAUUUAAAAUGUACUGGUGAUGAUUUCAGGUCUACUCAUGUAAAUGCAUGCUUGUAUUUGUCCAGUGCAUGUUUUUCAUUUCAUCUCAAAUUUUUUCUUUUAUAUAUUUAUAUAUAUAAAUAUUAUAAUUACCAAGUUUGCCUAAAUGAUAUACAGGAAAAGGAAGAUGAUACAUCCUAUAUAUUUGUGUGUGCGUGUAUUUGUUGACUGUGCCAUGAAUGAAUGACCUGCACCUAAUUUCAUUUCUCAUCCAUUAGUUUUUUCAUUUUCACAUGUGCCCGACGAGUCGAGGAGUUUUCAUUCAAUUUCAUUAAACUCUUAGUCUCGACUGCAGGAUGAUUUGAGGUGAUUUUUUUUUCUCGGGGAGUUAAUCACUAAAAUCCUUGGAGUUUUGUGGGGCUGUUAAACGUUCUGUAUCUGUGUUCUAGUUGCAAAAGUCUUAUCAAAGCACAAUACCACCAGUAUGUAGAGGUGAUGUAAAAGACAACGUACUAUUCUUGAUAUAUUGUCAUAUUAUUAAUAUCGUGUUGAUCCGACUGUUUUUCAGUUGUUUUUUUCUUUCAUAUAAAACAUACUCGAUAUAGCCUGAUAAUCCUGUCUCCAUCGUCCAGGUAAUAGGCUGGUCUAUUUAGUUAUCAAAGCAUAAAUAAAAUGUAAAUAUCAUUUUGGAAAGUGUGUUUCUUCUGAGGUUUUAUUCUUAUCAGUGAAUUCCCUCUCUGAAACCUUUAUUUGUCCGUUUGGUUGAGGUAAACAGGGAAAGCAAUGUAUUUUUCAACUCCAGAUACUGUAUAAAUGUUUUUAAUCACAAGUAGCUCUCAGAAAAUCUGAUUAAGCAUUCUGUGCUUCAUCUAAAGUUGUUUUGUGUUUUGCUUCAUACAACAUUUUCUUGGAAUUAAAUCAGCAUUAAGGGUUUGGGGGCAGGAGCUUGGUAUUAAACUAGAUAUUACUUAUCUACUUCAACCUUUCAUUUGUACUGCAGUUAAACAGCUGCAAGCCACAACAUUGCUGUUUUAAGCCCCAUACUCUUGGAAUGUAAUUAUAGUUUAUGCUGUUGUAUGGCAAAAGGAUAGAUGAGAAAUAUCCUGCACAGCCAAUACAAGUUUUAUCAAGAUUUUAUCACCCAGCAGCCACACAUUCUGGACGGCUUCUCUUGUAUUCUUUUGUACAUCUGGUGCUCCCAGCUGCCACACUUGUAUUAGAAAAGCGGCUUGGUGAUGCAUGACUUUGUGAAUAUUAGAGCCCAGUUAAGCGCCCUCAAACAUGGUCUGCCUUGAAAUCAUGGUUGUUGCCCAGACGGCUGCACAUCAGUCCACUUUUACCAGACACUAAGGGUUAUUCUAGGACAGGGAGUUUACUUAGUUAUGUUUUAAUGAUUUCUUUUAGUGGGGAAACCAAACAUCAACACUGUUCAUCCAAUGUGAGUGUGCAUUCAUUUUUUUAUUAUUCAGAGGAGAAACCUCAGCUGGUAACCACGCAUUAAUAUACAAGUGUUAAAGCUCCCGGGAACCAGCUCCAACAUCUGAGGAAGUUUUUCCCUGUUUUGAAUGUCUGAAACAUGAUGUUGCCCCCUGAUAGUUUUAUCAUUUUCUGUUGUACCUGCCAAGAAGACAAAUUAAUCAAAAAAUAAAAGAUGAUGCUGUUCAUUU